AUGACUAUGGUCCGCCAACACCCCCCGCAACUGCAGCCGCCGCUCCUCUCCCCCUACCGACCCACCGACCCCGCCGCUCCUUCCCACCCCUCGCUGCUCCGUCACAACAGCACUCCAGAUGGCGCCAGCCUGCAGCGUCCGGCGCAGUACGCCCACCCCCUCUCCCGACACCACUCGUACACCUCGCAGGCCUCCGAGCCUGACCGCGCGAAACCUCCAGAGCACAUGCUCCGCCGUAAGACGCCGAACGGAAUCCUCGCCGCCGCCUACGACGGGACCUCGGUCGAGGACAACGGCGCCCCGCAUGCCACCAAGCACAUACUGCUGCCGGUCACGGCCGAGUCCAGCGUACACUACGGCAUCAAGCAGGACCUCGCGCUUCGCUCUCCAAGCAUCAACGGGCCCUACGCACACUUCACGCAGGAGAGAUCGGCCGAAUGGAGCCCGAGUCUGUACUUCGAGACGGGCUCCGGCCGGACAAGCCAGCACAUUCCCCAGAUCGACUCGAUGCUCAACCAGAUCCCCCCGCUGCAGCAGACGCAGAUGCCCUAUGCCAUGUAUGGUCCCCAGUUCGGUGGAGUCAUGGGUCCUAGCAUGCAAAGCCCGUUUGCGCCAACAGCGUCGAACGACCAAGGGCCGUUUGGACCCUACUGGCCUGAUGGCGCCUACGUCCCAUACCAACCUGCCGCCAUGCGAGACCCUCGAUACCUGCAUCACCCUGCCCACAAUUGGAGCCAUCCUCAACAUCUGCCGUACAUGUCACGAGGCUACAACAACCCGAUUCCCGGUGCAUCUGGCUUUGCCCCGCAGACGUACCAGCUCAACCAGCCAAUGUACCAGAGUCUCGGUGCGCUUGGCCACGAGUAUCCAGCCUUUGGACAGGGGCAUAACCCGAGCUUCCAAACACCAGGUCUGCCGCCCCAUAUGCUGCAAGCUCGUCAGGACUACUUUGCCUCUGGCCAGUCAACACCUGUACCUGGACAGUCUACCGUUUCGACGCCCCGUCCCGAGUAUGCGUCUCAGUCGAUGAACGGUCAGUCUCGAGAGAAAGUUUUUGCCUGGGCACACACAGUCUACGUUGACCUUCUCAAGUUCUUGCAGUAUACGAGAAAGGUACACAUGCAGCAAACCCACGGACGUCAGGCACAGAGACCGCACAUAUAUCCAAAGCCACCUCGACAACCAGGAGCGAAUCUGGACGCGAAACCGACUCCGCAAAGACGGUUGUCAUCUCCAUCCAUCAGCUCACAAUCGCCCUUCCAGCCUCCCUCAGACAAACCGUCAAGACGCCCAGCGCACUACAGAUCUGCAUCGUCGUAUUCUUCAACCGGUCUUGAGCCUAGCCAGCAGCGACAGUCAUGGCAACAAGUGAGCCAGCAGCACCCCAUACUUCCCCAAGCUUCUAGUAUGGAGCCCGCACGCACUCUCCGCAGGUCAUCCGGAUCGGUCUCAAGCGUCCAGCAAGGACUACGCCCAGACAUACCGCCCAGCAUGACAGCCGCGUCGGCGCUCGAAGCGAUAACUGAGCAUUGCGAGGAGAGCAAUUGGAAGUGGAUCGAUGGCAUGCUACUGGGCGGGUGUCUCGCAUAUGCUUUGGGCGAUUACCAGAAGGCACAGAAUUGGUACAAGCAUAUCCUUACACUAGACACCGACCAUGUGGAGGCUAUUUCCAAUCUUGCCGCAACUGUGCUUGCACUCCAGCAAAGGAAGGAUGCGGAACGCUAUUGGAGGCGGGCUGUCAAGUUGCGUCCAAGCUACUUUGAGGCUGUCGAACACCUCAUUGGCCUUUUGUGUAGUGACCAGCGAGGGCGAGAAGCCGUGCAGGUCAUCGAGGAGGUCGAACGUGCUUUGCGAUUCGCCAGGAGAAGUGACGCUCUCAGGAGCCUCGAGCUUGAGAGCGAGCGUCCGCGCUCUGGCGUCAGUGAUUCACCCGGUUUAUCAGAGGGUUCAGAUCGGCCGCUGUUCGAGUUCGAAGGAGAAGAUGAGUCUAUCUUUAAGGAUCUGGAGGAGCUUCCCGGCUCAGACCAGCCCGGCUUCGGAACGAGCGGAUACGCGAUACCUGGAUGCGACAAUGGCCGCAUUCUCGCCUUGGUGCACGCCAAGGGCAACAUGCUGUACGCCCUGGGGAACAACACCGAAGCUGCAAAAGCAUUUGAGAACGCUAUUCUCAUCGGAGCGGGCACCCAAGCUGAUGGUAUUCGCGGUCUGAUCAAACGGAUCUUGUCUGUUGUCGGCUACGAAGCUUCAGAGCGGUCGCCUGGCGGUCGCAGAGUGAUACCAUCAUCAGAUCCGGUGCUUCUUCCGCCAGACUCGGCGACCAGAACUGCCCAUCUUUGCUUCCCUCCACACGGCCAAUUGCCGGGCCUUGCUCACAUUGCAAGUGACGGUCUCGCACGCAAAGCAGCGAUCUCGACGACAAGCAAUUCUCUGCUGUCUUUGGCGAAGAUUUUUCAGGAUGGAAUGGCUACCAAUUCUCCGAGAACUGCACCACAUCAGAGCAACUAUGGCCAAUCUGCGCCGUCGAAGCCGAUAUCCGUUUCGAAAUCGACGCCGUACCCGCAGAUACCCGGACUGGUCCCAGGCAGCGGCGUUGCGCUCGCGCUUGCCUACUACUACUAUGGUCUGCAACUUGACAGACGCCACGCGCACCUCUACACGAACCUAGGCAGUCUGCUCAAAGACAUUGGUCAGCUGGAUGUCGCUAUCUCAAUGUACGAGCAAGCUGUACAAUGUGAUCAGAAUUUCGACAUAGCUCUCGCCAACCUCGCAAAUGCCGUCAAAGACAAAGGGCGCAUCAGCGACGCGAUUGUAUACUACAAAAGAGCCGUGAAGUCUAGUCCCGACUUCGCCGAGGCAGUGUGUGGACUUGCAAAUGCGCUGAACUCAGUAUGUGGCUGGACCGGUCGAGGAGGCAUCGCUGAUGGCCAGGGUGCACGAGACCGCUGGCAUGUCGACGAAAAUGGCAUGCUUCUUGACGCAAGAAUCCCGGGUGCUUCGAGUUCUGGUUGGGUCCACAAGGUCGUCAAGCUCGUGGAGAAGCAGUUGGCAGAUGGCGAAGGCUGGGGGCGUGGAAUCAUGGAUGAGCGCUUCCUCAAAGAUAUCUGCCGCCCUCUUGCAUUGACCGGCGGUACUACAGAAGAGAUCAAAGAAAAGCAAAAAAGUUUGCUGAGCGUUGUGACUGGAUGGAGAGGACACAAGUGGGAAGGCGCCCGCAUCGUACGUCUGGUCGAGCGCGCCAUCAGACGAAUGACUUGGCAGUGGUACCAGGACAGGUACGUCACGGGGAAAGAGCGGUCGCCAGAGAGCUAUCGCAGGCCGCACUUGCCCGCAGCGUUGACAGUACCUGCGGCGCCUACCGUUCUUCCGUUUCACACGUUCACAUGCCCUAUGUCUGCUGAGCAGAUUCGCAUGAUCUCGCAGCGUAACGGAUUGCGUAUCUCAUGCUCGACUCUCCGGGCACCCUGGCUUCCCGCAACCAUCUUUCAGCCGCCACCUCCACCUAGGCCCUAUCUCAAGGUUGGCUACGUCUCUUCCGACUUCAACAACCAUCCCCUGGCGCAUCUUAUGCAGUCAGUUUUUGGCUUCCACGAUACAAACAAGGUCAAGGCAUACUGCUAUGCGACAACUGCCAGCGAUGGCUCGGAGCACCGCAAGCAGAUCGAGAGGGAAUCGCCAGUCUUCUACGACGCAAACAACUGGUCAGCGGAACGACUUGUCAACCAGAUCAUUAAGGACGGUAUCCACAUCCUGAUCAAUCUCAAUGGAUACACAAGAGGAGCACGCAAUGAAGUUUUUGCGGCACGUGCAGCUCCCAUCCAGAUGUCGUUCAUGGGUUUUGCAGGAACUCUGGGUGCGGAGUGGUGCGACUAUCUUCUCGCGGAUGACACAUCUGUGCCGCCAGACACUCUUAGGCAAUGGCGCCGCAACAUCGACAUGGAAGACGCUCUGGUGGACGAGAACAGCGGAGGGUCGGAUAAGGAAUGGAUAUAUGGCGAGAACAUUGUUUUCUGCCGCAACACAUUCUUCUGCUGCGAUCACCGACAGAGUGCGCCUGAUUCACAAGGCCGUCAGCCCAAUUGGAAGGAGGAGCAGGAACGGAGAUGGGCUAUGCGCAAAGAGAUCUUCCCACAGCUGCGGGAUGAUGCGAUCAUCCUUGGUAACUUCAACCAGCUCUACAAGAUCGAACCUACCACGUUUCGAACCUGGCUUCGAAUUCUACAGCGCCUGCCGAAAGCCAUUUUGUGGCUUCUGCGAUUCCCCGAUUUGGGCGAGACCAAUCUCAGGCAGACCGCGCUCAUGUGGGCUGGCCCGGAGGUUGCCAACCGAGUCAUCUUCACCGACGUAGCGCAGAAGUCACAGCACAUCUCCCGUGCCCGGGUUUGCGACUUAUUCUUGGAUACGCCGGAAUGUAACGCACACACAACGGCUGCCGACAUCCUCUGGUCAGGGACACCUCUGCUCACACUGCCUCGUUACAAGUAUAAGAUGUGCUCGCGGAUGGCAGCCUCAAUUCUCAAAGGCUCAUUGCCCGAAACCGCCGAAGGCGCACAAGCAGCCAAGGAGCUCAUCGCCGCCGAUGAUGAAGAUUACGAAGAGAAAGCAGUCCGCCUCGGCGCGGACUGUAUCUACCAAGGCCACCGCCCGACAGGUCGCCUGAGCCAGCUCCGCAAGAUGCUUUAUGAAGCGCGAUGGACAAGCGCCCUUUAUGACACGAAACGAUGGGUCCGAGAUCUCGAAGAAGCCUACGCAAUUGCUUGGAAGAGAUGGGAGAAGGGAGAAGGAGGAGACAUCUGGCUGAAGGAUUCGAAAUCAUCACGAUUUGAGGAACUCGCCUAA